AUGGUCCGAAAACCGGAGCUAGUGGAGUGGACAGACACCUCUGCUCCCGACCCUCGAUUGCUGGUUCACAUCAAAGCGCAUCGGAAUGUCGUCCCCGUACCGUCCCAUUGGUCUUUAAAGCGUGAAUACCUGUCGUCAAAGCGAGGUAUCGAGAAGGCGCCUUUCUCUCUACCUAAGUUUAUUCAAGAGACAGGAAUUUCGGAAAUGCGCGAUGCUGCCCUAGAGAAACAAGAACAAGCAACUCUCAAACAAAAGCAGCGCGAAAGGGUCCAACCGAAGAUGGGAAGACUUGAUAUUGAUUAUCAGAAGUUAUACGAGGCAUUCUUUCGUUUCCAGACUAAGCCCGAGUUGACUCGAUAUGGCGAAGUUUACUAUGAAGGAAAGGAGUUUGAGACCAACCAACGCCAUCUACGCCCAGGGGAGCUCAGCCCCGAACUGAAGGAGGCCCUCAAUAUGCCACCUGGUGCUCCUCCACCAUGGCUAAUCAACCAACAACGCUAUGGCCCGCCCCCCUCUUACCCAGCUUUGAAGAUUCCAGGCCUCAAUGCCCCUCCGCCCCCCGGAGCUAUGUGGGGUUACCACCCUGGUGGCUAUGGGAAACCUCCUGUCGAUGAGCACAAUCGGCCUUUAUAUGGAGGCGACAUCUUUGGUGUAUUGCAGCCCCAACAAGCCGUGCAACAAGGUGAGCCUGUUGAGAGGGACCUCUGGGGUGAGCUACAAGAACCGGAAUUAUCGGAGGAAGAGAGUGAGGAUGAGGAGGAAGAAAUGGACGAGGAAGACAUAGACACUGGGCUACAGACCCCUAGUGGUCUGGAAACUCCAAGUGGUCUGGUAUCAGCUGUACCGUCCGAACUGACUGGUAUAGAAAGUGCAUCAGGAGAGUUUGACGUACGCAAGCAGUACCGUGGAACUCAGACAGAGGAGGUCAGCCAUCGAAGUGCGUUCCACGUCAUCCCUGAACUCCAAACACAGGUAGAGGGCUUCUUUGGAGGCGACAGGGUAUACGACCUGCGCCAGCCUCCAGAAAACUUGCCUGUGCUUGGUGCUGAGGACCAGACUCGUAAGCGCAAGAAACCUGGUGAUGUCGAUGUAUCUGUGGAUCUAGACGAAUUGCAGAGUGGUGAUGGGAUGAACAAGGAUAAUCUCAAGCGGCUUUACGAGUCUCAGAGACAACAAGAGAACAAUCCGAACUGGGAAUUCCAGGAAGACCUCAGUGAUAUGAUAGCGCACGAGAGCCGAAAACGACUCAAACCUGAGAAGCGAGCCAAACAUUGA